AUGGUUGAGCAUGAUGGGUUAAUGCGAGUCUUUUGGCCGACAGACAUUGCCAAAUCAGAUCGGCCAGGCGUUGUAGUGGGAUGGAGAAACUCGACCCUCGAUGUCUUUGUUGUCGCCAUUCUUGACGACGUUGAUGUUGAUAAUGUCGAAUUUCACUUGAAGUCGGGAGGCUUCUUCCGAAACGGUCCGCACAAUCCGACUCGCAUCUACGAACUGUGUGGUCACCCUUCGAUGCAUGUCCUCGGCGUCUCGAAUGCAACAAGUCAGAUAUCCUUAGAUCCAUCUUGGGUGUGCGCAGCGACCAAUACCGGCACAAAACAGCCACGUAUUACCUGCGCAAAAGCGUCUAGUGUCCAACUGAUCCUAUACGACCGGCCACGACCGAGGGGCAUGCAGUAUAUAUCUUUGCAGCCUAUAGCGCUCGCUUUGGGUGACAAAUGGUACGCCUCUGAUUCUGAGCGAGGCGACGUCAACGACGUUGACGGCAAGGAGGAGACUCGCGAAAAGGAGGCGAAAGCCGUGAAGCGAAAGCUCGUAGAGAAGCUCAAGGCACAUAGCAUCUUCGACCGUUCCGCAUCAGCACGCGACAAGGCUCUUCCAAAGAUUGUCAACCAGGUCAAUUGGUCUUGGGAACUUGAGCAGACACUCCAAAGCAAUGUCGGCAAUCUCGGCCCGCGACCGAAGCGCAGCCUUAGUGUGUCUGAGCGAGUCGCCGAGUCUGCAGCCACCAUGCGCAACUAUGUGCUCAUGCAAAUGUGGUCUGUAUUUGUUUUAUACGUUUUCCCCGUUAUCCGAAAGACGUUUGCCAUAUUUCUCUUCAUCCAACGCGUGAUGGCAGAGGUUCUCUUGAGCAUCCUAGAGUUCCGCAUUAAGCCAGGCUACUCGGCGCUCAAAGAUAUUUCGGCAACAGCACAGCAAAUUGAGAUUCGUCUCCAGCAAUUCUGCUACUGGCCAAUGCAAUACCUGACGCUACGCCAGCGCAAAAUGGACUGGGCUAGCGUUACGACGAGUCAUCCCGACUAUAUCCGCUUCUACAACAGCCUGUGGCUGGUAGCUAACGACGUUAUCAUCGGGAUAGCUGUUGGCUCAUACAUCAUUGAACAAUCGGACUUCCUGGCUUAUCAGAUUAACGACUUGCUGCGCCGAUACACAGUAGAAGCGCUGCAGUCGAGCAUUUCCUGGUUGAUGGGUCAGCCGGCCGGUUUGAAGCUCAAUGGCGAGCUGGCAGCUUUCCUCGGUGACCUGUUCCUUUGGGUUAUUGACUACUGGUCCAGUUGCAUCGAGAUGUUGAGCCCAGCGCUUCCAAAGAUGAUUUGGUUUAUCGGAUUCUCGUCGUUUGCUGGUGCAAGCAUGCCACUAGCCAUGUUCUCCGACCUGUUAUCAGCCCUCACCGUCCACAUUUACUCCUUUUAUCUAGCAUCAGCGCGCAUAUACCACUGGCAGCUGACCAUUCUACAAUCCCUCUUCCAUCUCUUCCGCGGCAAGAAACACAAUGUUCUCCGCGAACGUAUCGAUUCGUGCGACUACGACCUCGACCAGCUCCUUGUGGGCACGAUUCUCUUCACCCUACUUUUCUUCCUCCUCCCGACAGUCAUGGUGUUUUACCUCAAUUUCGCCAUUGCACGCAUGAUUAUUAUUUCUUUAAAGGCUGGAUUUGAUACCAUGCUUUCAUGUCUCAACCACUUCCCGCUAUUUGCACUGAUGCUGCGAAUCAAAGACGCAAGACGCCUCCCUGGUGGCAUCCGCUUCGAGCUUCGAGACACCCACGAGUACAAGCCAGCGCCGACGUCGAAUGAACCUCCUACAUCCGUCAUUUAUCUAAAGUCGGUUCCACUCUCGUUCCGCGCCAUGUUCUAUCAAUACUUUCAAAUGGGCAACCGCAUCCGCAAGCACUACCUCUCACCCAAGGUCUUUUUAUGUCUCUUGACCGGUCAAUUUGUCCCACCGCUUAAUAGAAGAAAUCUAUAUAGCUUACAGUACAGUAUGCUUCCCGCACGACGGGCUACUGUCUGGGAGAUGUGGCGUGCGAUGAAUGCUGAAACGCCGCAAAAGAAGCCCUUUGAGCUGCCACAUAUUCCUCCUUUAACGCGACGUACUACAGGGAAUGGAAAAUCAAGAUAUCACUGA